AUGGUUUUCCUCAACAUGGGCGGCCCGUCGACAACUAGUGAGGUGGAAGAUUUCCUGAGCAGAUUAUUUUCCGACGCCGAUUUGAUUCCUCUGGGCCGACUACAAUCCUAUCUCGGCCCCCUCCUUUCUAAGCGGAGAACCCCGAUGAUUCAAAAACAAUACUCGGAUAUCGGGGGUGGUUCUCCCAUCAGGAAAUGGUCAGAGUAUCAGUGCGAGGAGAUGUGCAAGAUCCUAGAUACGAUCAGCCCUGAAACGGCACCACACAAACCAUAUGUUGCUUUUCGAUACGCCGACCCCCUGACUGAGGAAAUGUACACGAGGUUGUUGGAAGACGGGUUCGGAAACGGCAAAGGGGGACGCGCUGUCGCCUUUACACAAUACCCCCAGUACUCAUGUUCUACAACAGGCAGCUCGCUGAAUGAGUUGUGGAAAUGGCGGACCAGACUGGAAGGCAAGCGUGGAAAUGGCGACGUGGACCCCUCCGGUUCUAUUCAAUGGAGCGUCAUUGAUCGCUGGCCCACGCACUCCGGACUUGUGGAAGCGUUCGCCCGGAACAUUGAGGAUCAGCUGAAGACGUACCCCGAAGAGAAGAGAGACAGUGUGGUCCUUUUGUUCUCGGCUCACAGUCUACCCAUGAGUGUUGUCAAUAGAGGUGAUCCCUACCCCGCCGAGGUUGCUGCGACCGUCCAUGCCGUGAUGCAAAGGUUGAACUUCAGCAACCCAUACCGGCUGUGCUGGCAGUCCCAGGUGGGACCAUCUGCUUGGCUCGGAGCCCAGACUAGCGAUACCGUUGAGCAGUAUGUCAAGCGGGGCCAAACCGACAUCGUCCUGGUCCCUAUCGCGUUCACCAGUGAUCAUAUCGAGACCCUCUACGAACUGGACCUGGAGGUUAUCAAAGAUGCAAAUUCUCCGGGAGUCAAGCGAGCCGAGAGCUUGAACGGCAACCCCAUUUUCAUCCAGGCGCUGGCGGAAAUUGCGCAGGAGCACCUGCGAAAGGGGGACAAGUGCUCGCUACAGAUGACCUUGCGUUGUCAGGGCUGUAAGAGCGACCGGUGCUUGGAGCAGAAGAAAUUCUUUGCUGGCGAGCAGGCCGCAUCCCUUGUCUUAUAG